CCUAAAUUGCUUCCACUGAAACGCUCCGGACGGGAAGAAAAUCCCGCAUUGGCUCUCAAUCCAUGCGAGCAGCUGGAGAGAGCUAUGGCGGCGCCCUGGCGGACGAAUCCGUGCUGGUUCUGUCUAGCUAGCGGCAUUGCAAUUCUCCUGUGGAGCGCGGCCGGGGCGAGGGCCGAUCAACAGCGAGCUGCGACGAUCUCCCAGAAUACUUCGUUACGCAUCGACUGCGGCGGGCCAAGAACUUUCGUGAACGAAUUCAAGGAGAAAUGGCUCUCGGACAGAUUCUACACGGGAGGGAGCACCGCCGCGCUCGUCUCGACCUCGGACCACUUGAGGCGAUCCCACGAGUGGUCUCUACGCUACUUUCCUCCCUCAACCGGCAAGAAGAAUUGCUACAUUGUGGAGCUCCCAAACGGCCGCUACUCCAUCCGGAUGUUCUUCGUCUACGGGAACUAUGAUCGCAAGUCCAGGCCCCCAAACUUCGACGUCUCGGUGGAAGGCACGGUGGUUUUCAGCUGGAGAUAUCCUUGGUCCGACGAAGAAGCAAAGAAUGGUGUCUACAGCGAUCUCUACACCUUCAUCGACGAUGGCGACGUGAAGAUUUGCUUCUACAGCAUUGCGACGGACUCGCCGGUGAUAGGGGCCUUGGAGAUCGUCUCGGUUGAUCCACAGUCGUAUAGCUCCCUGGCGACUGGGACCGACGUGAUCCUUGUCAACUAUGGACGUUUCACUGGUGGGCUCAAGGCUUUUGGAGCUGGUGUGAGCCGCGAGGGUGACAAACUCGGUCGGGCAUGGGAACCGGAUGCUACUCUCGCCACCACUUUCGGGGAGAGCUUUUAUCUCCGAACGGAUGAUCCUAUCAAGAACGCCGAGGUUGCUCCAAACUAUUUCCCACAGCGGCUUUACCAGUCAGCUCACACGCUAACUUCACCCGGCAGCAUCGAGUUUAUGUUCACGGUGGACACGAGCCUCGACUACAUGCUGUGGUUUCACUUCGCAGAGAUUGAUACGGCGGUCACGGCUUCUGGCCAGAGAGUUUUCGACGUCUUCAUCAACAGCGAAGCUGCGUUCUCGGAGGUGGAUGUUUACAAGGAGGCUGGAAGCUUUGCUGCUUAUGACUUGUUUCACGUACUUAAGAACCUCACUGGCUCGGCUCUCAACGUGACGCUCUCGCCGCGAGUAGGAACACCAAUUCUCAAUGGAUUGGAGAACUAUGCAAUCCUCCCUAUGGAUCUAUCAACAAGCGUGGAUGAAGUUCUAGCAAUGCUAGCUUUGAAAGAAAGCUUGCGAGUUCCUGAGAGAAUGGGAUGGAAUGGCGAUCCUUGUGCUCCGUUUAAUUGGGAUACAUGGGAAGGUGUCACUUGCAAUUAUGCUCCGGAUGGGAAAUCCCUCGUCAUCACUCGUCUGGACCUGUCUGGUCAAGGACUGAAAGGAACAAUCAGCGACACAAUCACCUCACUGAAGCAUCUGAGAUAUUUGAACAUGAGCAACAACAACUUACGAGGAAGCAUUCCCUCCGGUCUUGGAAACGACAAUCUCGAAACUGUGGAUUUGUCUUCGAAUGAUCUGACAGGAAGCAUUCCAGAAAGCUUGGGCCAAGCGCAACUUGUCAAAGUGCUUCUAAACAACAACGAGCUAAACGGACAAGUUCCACUGACUCUCUACACCAUCGGUGUACGUGGUGGAUUCUUCAACAUUUCCUCCAACGACGAUCUCUGCGGAGUUCCCGCACUGCCCGAUUGCCCCUUCUGGCAACACCAGGAGCUCUCGACUCCUGCUAAGAUUGGCAUAGCUCUCACAGCUCUAGCCGGCGCUGCUGUUCUUUCCACGCUGAUCUACAUUUUCGUCAUCCGGAGGCGAAGAGACGACUAUAACUUUGGCCUUCCUCAUCAGCUCGCCUCCCGGAGCGCACGGUAUCAAAGACACAAAUCUAAGCUACGACUGGAAGAUUCGUCCGCGCCAGUGUCAAAGUUUGGCUUCGCCGCAAACAUGAACACGCUGUAAAAACAAAACAUAGAUAUAUCUACCUUUUAACUACAACAGUGAAGUUUUAACGGA